UCUGGAAGUGCGUCAACAGCAGAGUGGAGACCGUCCCAGCCCUCACAGGCUCAGAGCAGAGGCGGCGCGCUGCCUUCAGUCCGUAACAUCUCCGAAAGGCGACGGAGUUAUAACUGCUCGUUCGUCUUUGAGCGUUUCCCUGAGGGUGGGCAUGCUGCGUCCGUGCGUAAAGACGCACUGAGGACUGUUUUCUUUGCCAUCGGGAGCGGAAAGCAGACGAGAAGAUGCUGGCGAGGAAAAGCAUCAUCCCGGAGGAGUUCGGUCUCCCGGGGCUCGUCUCCCGGAUGCCCCGCAAGCCGGUGUUCAGGGACCGCGUGAACAAAGCGCGCUUUAUCGCCAAAAACGGCUCGUGCAACUUGGCGCACAAGAACAUCCGCGAGCAGGGGAGAUUCCUGCAGGACGUCUUCACCACGCUGGUGGACCUUAAAUGGCGCUUCACGCUGGUCAUCUUCACCACGACAUUCGUCAGCAGCUGGCUGCUGUUCGCCAUGAGCUGGUGGCUGGUGGCAUUUGCGCACGGAGACCUGGACCCUACGCGUGAAAACAUGACCGACUGCGUAAAAAAUCUGAAGUCGUUCACAUCAGCCUUCCUGUUCUCCAUCGAGGUUCAGGUGACCAUCGGCUUUGGAGAACGUGUGAUAACGGAGCAGUGUCCCACUGCCAUCACCGUCCUCAUCCUGCAGAACAUUGUGGGACUCAUCAUCAAUGCUGUGAUGUUGGGCUGUAUCUUCAUGAAGACGGCUCAGUCGAACCGUCGGGCAGAGACGCUCAUCUUCAGCCGCCACGCCGUGAUCGCAGUCCGGAACAACCGGCUGUGCUUCAUGAUUCGUAUCGGGGAUCUGAGGAAGAGCAUGAUCAUUGGAGCGACCGUCAGGUUACAGGUUGUGAGGAAGACAACCACACCAGAGGGGGAGGUGAUCCCCAUCCAUCAGAUCGACGUGCAGACAGAGAGCGCUGUGGGCAGCAACAGCCUGUUCCUCCUCGCCCCGCUCAUCAUCUGCCACAUCAUCGACAAAAACAGCCCGCUGUACGACCUGUCAGCCAUGGAGCUGCAGUGCAGCGACCUGGAGGUGAUUGUCAUCCUGGAGGGAGUAGUGGAGACGACGGGCAUAACCACGCAGGCACGGACUUCCUACGUCUCCGAGGAGAUCCAGUGGGGCCACCGCUUCGUUCCCAUAGUAACAGAGGAGGAGGGCGUGUAUUCUGUCGACUACUCCAAAUUUGGCAACACAGUCAAGGUUGCGACGCCAUGCUGCAGUGCCAGAGAACUGGACGAGAAGCCGUCCAUCUUAAUCCAAACCCUCCAGAAGAGUGAGCUUUCGCACCAGAACUCACUGAGGAAGCGCAACUCCAUGAGACGCAACAACUCCAUGCGCAAAGGUGCAGGAAGCAGCGGGAGUCUCCGCAGGAACAACUCAGGCCUCGCCGUGCCUAAAGUCCAGUUCUUCACCCCAACCGAUGGAGGCCAGAACCUGAACGCCGUCACCUGACAUGAGGCCUACCGUCUGCUGGCUCCACUGCUCUUCCUGGUGGGGAGGAAGAUCCUGGGUGUUGGUGCAUCUGUCUCUCUGAUUGGACUCAUUCUUCUUCUUUUCACUGGCAUAACUAGACUUGUGUCUCGACACGUUCACUGUUAAUGUUCCCUGUGUUUAUGUUCAUGGUUUAAAAUGGGUCCUGUUCAGAUUACAUUUGUGAUCUCUAAGCAGUUAAAGUAACAUUCCUCUGCGCUGACAGAAACCCAGAAAGCAGAUACUAAAACAGAUAAGAGACGGAUGGAAACUGCAGAAUUGGUUGUGUGAGCUUAAACUGAUUUCUAAAUGACAUACAGCGCUUUUCAUUCUGAAACACUAC